AUGGAGGAGACAGCUGAGGUGGAUACGGAUGCGGCGCCACGGCGCAACUCCACGCCCUCUUCGUCGGCAGCGGUGCCGGCGAGGAUCACCACCAGCAGCCAGAGCCACACGCACAUCUACAGCCAGACCGCCUACAGCCAGCCCAUUCGGCCCAUGGCCAGCUACAGCGAAAAGGCGGUGGGCAGCUCGCCCAAGCAUCUGGUCAGCACCCUCAGCUCGCCCAUCGAGCAGAUCGGCUGCAGUGUUUCGCGGGAGCAUGCGCUCAAGCAUGAGAUCGAGCAGCUGCAGGAGCAGCUGAAGGACACCGAGGAGCGGCUGGCGUCGGUGCGCCUCCAAAGCGAUUCGCUGUCGCAGACGCAGCGUGCGCUCCGCGACCACAACGGACGCCUGCAGGAGGAGUCGGAGAUGCUCAAGCUGGAUGUGCAGCAUCUGAACGAGUGCGCCGGCGUGCUCAGGUCGGAGCUGCAGGCGGCGCGCCGUGACCGAAGCGACGCGCUGCAGCUGCAGCGCUCGCUGCGCGCGGAGCUGGAGGAGGCGCAGCAGGAGCGGCGGCGUGCGGGCGAAAGCAAGGACAAGGACACACGCGUCAUACAGGAUCUGCAGCGACAGUGCCGCGAAAUGGAGCGCAUUCUGAUGCGCAAGCAUCCGGAUUCCGUUUCGGCGCUAAUAGUGGCCUCCAAGAGCUCGGGCCUCUGCUCGCUGAAUGACCAGGAGAAUGUGAACAGCCGCAAGCUGCUGGAGCAGCGCAUCGCCCAGCUGGAGUCGGACGCCAAGGAGCAGGAUCACAAGGCACAGCAGAUCUUGGCCAAUGUCCAGGCGCGCUUCAACUCGGUGCAGUCCAAGUACGAGACGCACAUUGCCGACCUGGAGACGCAGGUCCUGAGCCUGCAGGAGAUCAACACGAAGCUGAACGAGCAGAUCGAGUCGCAGGUGCGCACCUUGGACCGGUAUAUGCAGAAACGAGCGGACAGGUUCUACAACAACUGCACACAGACGGAGGCAGAGGCCGAUGGCCCCACCACCACAGCUGCCAUUACCACGGCCACGGGGACCCAAACGACAAACGGGACCCGCGAUCACAGCACCAACACCAUUGGCUGCCCAUCGCCAGCGCUCCUGUGCCAGCAGCAGCACCACCUCCAUGCCCAGCAACAGCAGGCGCAGCACUCGGCCAGCAGCAGCACCAGCAGCACGGCCAACUCCACGCCAAAUACAUCGCGCCCCAACUCCAAGCAGAGCGGUGCCAGCUCCACCACACAGCGUCGGCCCCUGGCUGCUGCGGCUGCUGGUCAGCAGAUGCCCGUGUCCAAGCUGCCAAUCUCACAAUCGGACUCCACGCUCUCCGUUCUGAGUCACAGCCACAGCCAUGGCACGGGAUCGGGUUCGGUAUCGGGAACGGGAUCGGGACCGGGGCUGGCCAGCAAGGAGGAGUCGCAGCUGCUCAGCUCCGUUCGUGGCAUGCGGGUGGACUUGGCCAUCAAGAACAAGGCGAUGCAGCGGCUCACACGGGAGCUGGAUGAGUGCAAGAAGACCAUACGGAAGCUGCAGCGGGAUAGGGAGACCAGCAAUCCAGGUGAUUAUCCCAGCCUCUUCCACUGCACCACCGCCAAGUGCCAGGCGAGUGGCAGCGGCAGCGGCAGCAGUGGCGCCUCGGCACAGCGUCGUUCCAGUGUCUACGAUCAUUAUCCCGAUCAUAUUCCAGCCGCCACUGACAGUCAGGCGCUGAAGGAGGCCCAAAAUAAAUACCGCCUGCUGGAGGCUGACUACAAGACGCUCCACGACAAGCGAUUGCAGGAUCUGAAGACCCUGCAAAGUGCCCAUGAACGGGAGCUGGCCACCUGCAAUGAGACGGUGCGCAUUCUCAAGCAGCGUCUGAACGAGCGGGAGGAGGCCUUUGCCACCCAGAAGCGGCGAAAGGUGCCCGUCGACUACUAUGCACUCAAGGCCAAGGUGUCGCUGUUGGAGCGCCGUCACUCGGAGCGGGAGGAUCGACUGCAUAUGCUGGUGGAGGCGCUCAGCAAGGGACGUCUCAAUGGUGCGCUCGAGGAUCUAAUGCAGGAGAACAACAAUAAAUAAACACUCGAAUGUGAAACUUCACUCGCAGAGAUACACAAUUAGAUUAUAGUAUUUGCCAUGUUCAAUUCAAAGCCGUCGUCCGACCAGUCAGCCAGCCAAUGUGUCCAGAGUCCGUCGAAAAACCAAAAGAAUAUCUAGAAUUUCGUUGAAGAACUAUUUUAAGUCAGAAUGGGCAG